AAAAAACUGAAACACCGUCUAAGCUCACGCUGUGUAUGUCCCUACAACUUUUUCUCUGAAAUGGGAACAUCUGGUCUUCUCACAAACAACCACCCCUUUCUAUGUUUUCCUUGUUUGCUGAUUUGUAACCCUACGUGAGAAAUUCGAGCACAGAGGUGAUGGUGGUCGAGCCUCCCUCAGGAUGAGCCUUUGCAGCCAGUCCUCUUUUUUUUCCCCCGCUCUACUCCACCUCUUUCAUCCAGCCCCCUCAGACAUCCUUUCCUCAUUUGCGUCUUGUUUGCUGUGAGUUUGUCAAUCUCACAGAGCCUUUCUUACGGACGCGUAUCUUUGGAAACCUCUGCAGCAAGGACCUGCUUACCUGUGGAUGGGAACCCUUGGGGGGGACGCGGGCACGAUGAUGGCAGGCUGAAUACCUGGACUCCUGCUACAAUCGGAAGAGGCUCAUUUUCUUUCAUGUCACGACAGACACUUGGUGAUAUUUGUUUUUACAGUUUGUGCUGUGUUUAUAAAUAGGAAAAGCGAGGAAAGUGUGAUGGUUUGGAAACUGCAGCCCUCCCUGAGGUUUACCUAACCCUUACAUUAGUGGUAGGACCAAGUAAGCGCCUCCAGAUGUGUGAGAGAGAGCACUGCCUGACUAUCUACAAUGAACAUUGCCCUCUUCACACUCCAACACUUACUCUUUGCUCCUUUGGCACUGCUCAGGUUAAUGCUUAAUCCAAGCACAGACCUAUAAUUUUUAAGGCCAAGCCCUGUUUAUGAGGGAAAAGUAAGGUGGAUGCCUUCAGAUAAGUUGGUUUAGUUCACAGGUAGACACGCUCAGAGAUUCAACUUCAGCUGCGACGCAAAGGACGCCUCACGGGUGGCCAGAGGAAGCUGCCACAAUGCCACAAAAAUCCACCUUAUCCAAAGCUUUGGCCGUCGCCUUCGCUGUGCUGACGGUUUCUGCCAUCGGUGGGAUGAUCUCCAUGAUGAUUGUUUUCGAGAUACAGACUAAUAACCUAACCAUGACUGAACUCCCGACCGUCCCGUCCACAACCCUGGCCCCGCCGCCGGUCAUGCGGCUGCCGAGGUCCCUGAUUCCCGAAAGAUACGAGAUCUUCCUCCAUCCUCAGUUCUACAGUAGGAUUGUGGAAGAGGUGAACGUCACGACCCCAAACCAGACGCUGUUCUUCAAUGGGAACUCGACCGUGUACUUCCGCUGUCACCAAGCAACGAAGCACAUCUUCCUCCACAGCUUCGAGCUGAGCGUGUCGCCUCCAGAGGUGAUAGACCGCGACAAUAACAAGAAAUUAAGCGUCCUCUCACACCAACAACACGAUGAUGAAAGUGACUUCUUGGAGAUUGAGAUGGAGGAAAACUUAAAGACAGACGGGAAUUACAGUUUGUUUCUGUCUUUUGAGGGAGAAAUAUCUGAAUAUCUUCAAGCACUGUAUGUGAGCAAAUAUACUGAAACCGACCUUGACUUUGUAAAUGACACAAUACAGGAAAGAUUCCUUGUAGCCACAAAUUUGGAGCCAACAAGUGCAAGGAGAUUGUUUCCAUGUUUCGACGAGCCCGACAUGAAGGCUGUUUUUCAGCUGACGGUAAUCCAUAGACGGGGUACAGAGGCUUUGUCAAACACACUGAAACAAAGAUCCUCUAGUAUAGAUGAAGAGUGGAAAUACACACAGUUUUUUCCUACGCCAAAGAUGUCGAGUUACUUACUUGCCCUCACAAUCUCAGAGUUCAAGUUCACUACAUCCCCAGAAAACCGUGUGACUAUUAAAACCUAUGCCCGUCCCGAAGCCAUUGACGCCGGACACACGCGGUAUGCCGCCGAAAUAACUGCAGAGAUCCUCAAGUUCUACGAAGAGCAUUUUGACCUGCAGUACGGGAUGGAAGACCUCGCUCAAAUUGCUCUACCGGACUUGGAACCGUUAGCCAUGGAAAACUGGGGACUUAUCACUUACCAGGAAGGAGCCUUGCUCUAUGAGGAAGGAGUGUCCUCAUGGCUGCACAAGGAAGUAAUCACCACUGUCAUUGCUCAUGAGUUGGCACACCAGUGGUUUGGAAAUCAAGUGACGAUGAAAUGGUGGAAUGAAAUUUGGCUGAAUGAAGGGUUCGCCACCUACAUGUCCUACCUCGCAGUGGACCACGCUGAGCCGAAAUUUCAAAUAAAAGAGAAAAUGAUUAUGGAUGACCUCCAUGCAGCGUUUGAGGAGGAUGCUCUGUUGACAUCCCAUCCUCUCAGCGCUCCACCGAAUGACGUCCAGACAACUGGUGAGAUCCUCGGGAUGUUCGAUGCUAUAAGCUACAGUAAGGGGGCCAUGGUGCUGAGAAUGCUGGCGGAGUAUGUGAAAGACAAAGCUUUUGACGACGGCAUCAGAGAGUACCUCAAAACGCACAGAGGAGGAAAUGCAGACCAAGAAGACCUGUGGGUCUUCAUUCAAAACGCCCGUAAUAAAGAAUCCAAGCCCACAGUUCAAGAAUUCAUGGAAAAUUGGACCACUCAAAUCGGCUAUCCUGUCGUCACCAUCAACACCAUCAGCGGAUCGAUCAACCAGAAGCACUUCCUCUACAACAGCUCUGCUGGAUCCAAUCUAUUGUGGAAGAUUCCCAUCACAUACACCACAAAUAUUUCUGAACCGAAUGAUUUCUGGCUGGGAGAGAGAGAAAGAGACGGGAUGGAUGAGUUAAUUUCAAAGAAAGGAGAGUGGAUCCUGGUUAACAUCAACACCACUGGAUACUACAGAGUCAACUACAAUGCAGAGAACUGGGAUCGCCUGCUGUGGCAGCUGGAAACAAAUCCAUCUCGCAUCCCUCUGAUGAACCGAGCGCAGCUGGUUGACGAUGCCUUCAACUUGGCUAGGGCAAAGCAGGUCGACGUGACUCUGGCUCUGAAGUCGACCCGUUUCCUCCGUAGCGAGACGGCUUACCUCCCCUGGGAAUCAGCCAUCAGGAAUCUGGAGUACUUCAUCCUGAUGUUUGAUCGUUCCGAGGUGUACGGCCCCAUGCAGCUUUAUCUUCGACAUCAAGUAGAGGAGCUUUAUAACUUCUUCAAAAACCAAACAGACGACUCGACCGUCCCCGAUGAUCACUCAUUACAGCACAACCAGAUCACUGCCAUCGAGGUGGCCUGCUCCAAUGGACUCCCAGAUUGUGUGGAGAUGGCUACCGAGAAGUUUGCUGAGUGGAUGGACAGAAACGACACCAACACCAUUCAUACCAAUUUACGGUCUGUAAUCUACUGCCAAGCUGUGGCCGCUGGUGAUAGGGAAGAGUGGGAGUUUGCCUGGGAGAAAUUUCUGAGCUCCACUGACACCUCAGAGAAAGACCAGCUCAGAAAAGCUCUGUCCUGCACCAAGAAGACUUGGCUCCUCAACAGAUACCUGUCGUACACUUUGGACCCAGAUAAGAUACGGCUGAUGGAUGUCACUUCCACUGUUAACCACAUAGCGCAAAACGCCGCGGGCCAAGCGCUGGCUUGGAACUUCAUCAGAGCCCACUGGGAUUACGUCAGUCAGGGGGAUGCUGCUUCCCUGGUUAUGGGUGUGACCAGAAGGUUCUCCACACCUUUUGAGCUGCAGGAGCUGAUUCGCUUCAGGGACCACACAGAGAUGAACGGCGCUUACAGAGCCACACUUCAGGCCAUCGAGCAGACCCAAGUCAACAUCCAGUGGGUCCAGGAGAACCACGACGCGGUCCUGGAGUGGUUUGAAAGAGAGACUGCCAAUCUAGAAUAAUCAAAGCUCCAGAUGUUUUGCGGCCCAUCGGAUCAGCGGUUAAACCGGUUUUCAGGCGGCUCUAGUAAAUCUAAGUAGAGAUGAAGUUAAAGGAUUUUACAGAUUUCCAUUUGAUCAGACAGAAGUGGUGUGAUGUGUAGCACAGACAAGAGAGGUGUGCUCUUGUUUGUGUAAAUAAUGAAUAUUAUUUAUAGCAUAUUCAAUGCAAAUAGUAAAAACAUAGAUUUUAUUCCCUUUUAUGAAUUGUGCGUUUCCUGCAUUGGUAAAGAUGUUCUUAUAUGAGAUUUCUUGUGUGUGUUGCUGCUGAUUUAUAUAAAUUUAAUGAAUAUACUUUUUUUCUUUUACGGACUGACAGUUUGAUUAUUAUUUUACUGUCCCAAUACACAACUUUAGUUUAAAAAAUAUAUAUAAUAGUAAUCCUCACAUAACCGGUCUCCAUGCUGCUGCUGGUUCCCAAACACACACAAACAUCCAGAAUAACAUCUGAAAGUUCGCUUGAGCAUUGAAUGUUGAAAUCAAACAAUCCAAUUACUGUUAUUGCAUUCAUUUUUUUUUUUUUUUUGCUGAAAUUGUUAUUUUUAAUAAUAAAACAUCAACAGCGAGCCCUUUCAUUUGGUCUAUGUUAUUUUAGUUUUAGCAACAGGAAAUGCCACGCUGUCCGAGUCUGAACUGAGAUUAGACGUAAUCAGACACAACUUGUUUUAAUUACCAGUUUGUUUUUCGAAGGAUUCCUUCGUUGCACAGCCAGCUUGUAAGCAUGUAGGAUGAUUUAUUUGGGCCCUCAAAAGCAAAGUGAACAGACAGCCCAGGGUGAAAAUUAACUCUCCAUCACUUUUACCACUGAUUUCUGUCUGAAGGUUUAAAAAAAGAUUCCUAAGCUCCAGAAAUGGCCCUGUGUUGUGUCCACAAGUGAAAAACAACUUAGUAUAGGACUUCAAACCGGCUAUUUUGGCACUUUGUUAGCAGCACCUUCACAAAGACAUAUUCCUGUGGUUGACCAACUUUAAAAGACUGGAAACAGGAUUUACGCUUCAACAAGCUAACAAUCAUACUUUAUUGGUAUUAUGCUGAAGAGAUGAAAACAAAGCAAUAAAGUGUAAGGAAAUGUGGUGCAUGCUGCAUUUUUUUCACAUAUAAAGUGUUUUGAAUGUUUGUGUUUUACUCCAAUGCCUCUAAAUAAAAAACGGUGCAAGAAAAUGGCUUCAAAAGUGAAUUAGUAAAGGGAGGGAGAAAGUUAAGGAGAGGUUUAAAGCAGAUAGUUGGGUUAAACAGCAAAAUCCCAAACUUUCAACAUGUCAGAACUGUUCAAUCCAGCAUCAGCUAAUGGAAUGACUGAACUGUUCACAAAAACUGAAAAUCAAGUGUAACUUUCAGGGCGGGGGGGGGGGGCUUGUAAAUACUUGGUUUAGGCUGUAAACAGAUUUGUUGUUUCUCAACUUAUCAACUAACCUAUUUUAUUUUAUUUUUUUUAUCAUAGUAUGCAGUUGCAGUUCAAAUACUUUAAGGAAAAUUAGGACAGAAGCAGUCAAACGUUACAGAUUCAGGAACAAUCGACUUAAAAAGAAACGGUAAAAAUUUAAACUAGGCUGUUUGUGAUGAAGGGUUUUGAAUGACCUUCAAGAUUUUGAGAAAAUCUGGCUGCUCGGAAAGAGACUUUGAACUUUUCCCUAAUAUGGAAUAAAUUUGGGAAAGAAAUCUUGUCUUAGGUGCCUGAGCUUUAUUCUCAGACAAACGGAGUAAAAACAAGAACUCGAAGAGCAUCUGUUCUUCUCUCGUCUCAUCACAGAGGACGAUGUGAAAGAAAAAAAAAAGAGAAAAAGAAAA